AUGUACCUUGAUACGUCUUGGCUAUUUCUACCCAAAAGUGAAAUUUUAGCCUUUCUCUUUUUGCUGUUAACACAGUCUAAAAGCGUUUGGCAGUAUACGCGUUUGGAUCAUCCGGUGUCAUUAUGCAACUAAAUCGAAGCGCAGCGCACACGGGGGACGUGUGAUAGGAUUACUAAGUAGUUUAUCAAAGACCAUCCGGAUUCCUUGUCGUCGUACCAUAUGUUUGCAUCGUAAUAUCAACUCGUACGAAGCAAUUAACCUUAAUGAGGUUUUGUUGUUAAGUGCAUCGGCAACAAAAAUACAAGCGCUGCAACGGCCGCAAUUCCUGGAUUUGCGCUCCCUAUUCCUGAAUGAAGCUGCUGCAGUUUUUCCCAUCCACACGAAGAAAAAGAUAAGGAAAUAAACCGGAGAAGAAAACAUACCCAGAACGGGAGAACCUUUUAUAAAAAGUGGUGGAAAGUUGCGACCUGCCACCGAAAACGGUGAUAUAUGAAGAUCAAGAUAGGGGUGAUAGCUUGGGCUCGCAGAGAUGCCGAUGCACCCCGUGACCUCCACUUUAAUGUACAGGGGAAUUUGUACUAUUCCAGACAUCCUUUCUUACCGGACCCCUAUUAAUCUGCCGGAGGACGAGGUGGAGGAGAUCCGAGAGGCCUUCAAAGUAUUCGACCGUGAUGGGAACGGCUUCAUCUCCAAGCAGGAGCUGGGCAUGGCCAUGCGCUCCCUGGGGUACAUGCCCAACGAGGUGGAGCUGGAGGUCAUCAUCCAAAGGCUGGACAUGGACGGGGACGGCCAGGUGGAUUUCGAGGAAUUCGUCACCUUGCUCGGACCAAAGCUGUCGGCGGCCGGCAUGCCGGAUAAGUUUCACGGAACAGAUUUCGACUCGGUGUUUUGGAAGUGCGACAUGCAGAAGCUGACCGUGGAGGAGCUGAAGAGGCUACUUUACGACACCUUCUGCGAUCACCUGUCUAUGAAAGACAUCGAGAACAUCAUCAUGACUGAGGAGAACCACAUCAAGAACCCAGAGCAGUGUCAGGUGGAUAUCGACACCAGCCCAACGCAGCAGGUCAAGCAGACCUGUGUGCGAAAGAGCCUGAUCUGCGCCUUUGCCAUCGCCUUCAUCAUCAGCGUCAUGCUCAUUGCGGCCAAUCAGGUCCUGCGCAGUGGCAUGAAGUAAGAGCCUCAUCUGGCUCCACCUCUCUCCACCGGACUGACACAGACCCCACCCACCUCCCCUCCUUAACCAAUGUCCCACAACCAGAUACUAAUCAUCGUUUUCCAAAAUUUACGCACAGGGACUCUGCCGUCCACUGGAAACUCAGCAGGAAAAAAUGGGCUGAAGCUGGUCUUACAAUAGAGACCAAUACUUAUGCAUGAAGAGCAUGUAUUAACAUCACCAAAAAAAAGUUAUUAUUAUAAAUAUGAUUAUUAGCACAUGUAUGAGUGACUGUGUAAAAACCAAGUGUAACUUAUUUAUGAUCAGCUGUGACCAGUGUCAUCCAGCGCUGGUCGGGGUUUGACGUUUCUGGUUAUUGGGGUUUUAGCAAAGAGAAGGGCUGUUUAGGAAAAUACCGCAGCUUUGUAAUUAAUGUUCUGGAAGAUUCCCCCACUACUGACCGCUCUCUCAUCAGACUCGGUGCCCCGCAAUUAUACUCUGUCGUCUGGGGCAUUUGCAACUCAUUAAUAAUUCAUUAUAAAUAGCUACCAAAAAAUGUAAUUGAGUAAGCGGCAAUCGCUUUCAUUAUUUCAUGGAUCGCUGCUUCAGAAACAUCGGAUAUUAAAACACACACACACACACACACACACACACACACACACACACACACACACACACACACACACACACACACACACCACAGCACUGAAAUAUGUCAGAUAGCCAAGCCGUGGUAGUUCAGAGUGAGGCUGUAUCAAUGACCAGACUUGCAGAGACGUCCCUCAUCUGAACAUCUCAGGCAACACAAAACACAUCUCAGACACUCACACAAGUGUGACGGAGGAGCUUUACUGUGGAGUAGGGAUUUGACGCGUAAAGCAAUAUUGUUAAAUUCCCCUUGUUUGAGCUGUGCUAUCUGGGAAGUUCUGUUUUUUUUGUGAGUAAGGCGGUCAGUAGCAUUAGGGCCAUGAUCUCUGAACAGAAAACAUCCACAAUAUUAAAACACUGAAGGAACAAAACACCAUAAUUCCAUUUCUGUGUUUCUCCAAGAAAACUCAGCAGGCAUAUAAGACACUUGUAAGUUACAGUGAUAUGGCAAUAGCUUGAGGACAGUCAUUAGGGUUUUUAGAGUUAAUGUUCUCAUUUGAGUAAACAAGGAAGCCAAGUUUUACAAAGCUUAGAGCAACACUAUGCCCUCCCAAGGUGACCAGUCCUAAUCAAGCUAGCCUGCAUCUAAUUACCCAUGAGUCUAUGCACGCAUAUAUGCAUCUUCGAUGCACCAAUGACCUAUUGCAAUAGAAUCUGUACGCUGUUUAUACCUGCUUGUAGUAAACCUUUUAUUAACAGAGAUGGUCAGGAUCUGGUGAAAUAGGGGCCUUUAACGGGCAGAAUGUCAAUCUUGCUGACUGAUCGCUUAGAGUGCGGAAAUGGAAGGCAAAUCUUGCCUGGCUGGAAUGAUGAUUACUGGAGCAAAUGACAAAGACACAGAUAAUUUACUGCAAAUGAACGCAGAAGAAUUGGAUAUUUCCACUUGUGUUAUGCAUCAAUCCCAGGAGGCCGAAUCUCUGUGUUCUCAUUUAGUGUAAUGUGCAUGUUUUUUGCCGUUUCCAGCCCUCCUACCCGGCCAGCCUGUUAUUAAAAUGUGCUACUUCAGCUGGAAUAACUUUCUUGUCAGAGUAUGUUCUCUCACAAUGGCGGCACUUCCUGUUUGAGAAGGAAGUCCUCACAUCUAUAUUUAUAAAUGCAUCAGAUGAGGACAAGGAAAGUUAAUAUGUCUAAAAUAACAUUUCACAUUCACCAAGAUACCAGAUUUAUAAGUUUACAGCAUUGUUCGUUUCACAAAGAGUAUGGAAUUCAGUAAUAUGCAUUGUAACAUAGCAUGACAUUCAUUAAUGCAUCACCAUAGGUCUUUAAAACGAUAUACAAAAUCUUUCCAAAGGUACAGCAUGUACUAAACAAACAAAUAAAUAAAUAAAUGAUGUGGUAAGUGUAAUAAUAAAAAACUGGAUUUUUUUUUAAAAAACACUUUGUUUAUUUUUAUUUUACCAUUUAUAUAA